AUGGCGAGAACCAAGCAUCAAGCUGCUCGGAGUCAAUCUCGGAAGCAACCCGGAAAGAAGACUACGCGGCCGUCCUCCUCGCCGCCGCCGUCGGUACCCUCUCUUUCCCUCUGUGAUUUAUUUCUGGUGUUUGUUUUGAAUGGGUCUUCUUUCCUGUCCAAUUUAAGACUCCCAGACCAAGCAGAUCACCUAGGAGAGCAGCAGCAGCAGGAGAAGAAGCUGGUUCACAAAGUUGGUCGUCCGCAGAGGAAGCCUCGUCGAUUGAGGCCUGGAACGCGAGCUCUGCGAGAAAUUCGUUUUUAUCAGAAGACUACUGGUUUCAUGAUCCCUGUUUCUAGCUUUACUCGACUGGUAAGACAAGUCACCCAAGAGUUUAGCCAGGAAGUUAACCGUUGGCAAGCUGAAGGACUCGUGGCUCUUCAAGAGGCAGCAGAGGAUUUCUUGGUUCACUUGUUUGAAGAUGGUAUGCUGUGUGCAGUUCAUGCUAAACGUGUUACAUUGAUGAAGAAGGAUCUCGAUUUGGCCCGCCGGAUUGGAGGGAGAGGGCAGCCUUGGUGA